UUCAUCACUGGAGAUUUCAAGAGAGGUGUUUUUUGUUAUUUGUUUGUUUUUGUCUUGUUUUUUUUUUUUUCACAAACUACGAAUCGACAGGAGGGAGCGACGGCGGGGAGAGGUCGUCUCUGGGCGAUAUGAGGGUGUGCAACCGGGGUGUGAUGAUGCUGAUGACCACGGCGGGGGCUUUUUGCGCCUUCAGCCUCAUGACGAUAGCCGUCGGGACGGACUACUGGCUCUACUCGCGGGGGAUGUGCCGCUCCAAGAGUUCCGGCGACAACGAGACCAUUCGCAAGAACGAGGAGGUCCUGACCCACUCCGGCCUAUGGCGCACCUGCUGCACCGAAGGAACGUUUCGGGGUGUAUGCAAAGACAUUGAUCAUUUUGCUGAGGAUGCAGACUAUGAGCAGGAUGCUGCAGAGUACUUACUACGAGCAGUUCGUGCAUCUAGUCUCUUCCCCAUCCUCAGUGUGGGCUUACUGUUCCUGGGAGGCGUGUGUGUUGCUGCCAGUGAGUUCUACAAGUCACGCCACAACGUCAUUCUCAGUGCGGGUAUACUCUUUGUCUCUGCAGGUCUGAGUAACAUCAUUGGCAUCAUCGUCUACAUAUCGGCCAACUCGGGGGACCCCAGCCAGAGUGACAAUAAGAAGAGCUACUCAUACGGCUGGUCUUUCUAUUUUGGAGCUCUGUCCUUUGUGCUGGCUGAGAUGGUUGGCGUGCUGGCAGUGCAUGUGUUCAUAGAAAAGCACAGGCAGUUGCGCACUAAUGGCCGGCCCUCCCUCCUUAAGCCGCCCCUCUCCCGUAGCUCAUCUUACUACCGUAACCGCUACUACCAUAACCGCAGCCGUAGAUAUAGUUGCAGGAGCAAUCACAGUGCUGGUGAGGUGACUCCGCAAAUCUUUCGUACAUCCUCGUUGCGAGACAGAGACCCACCCCUAUCAACUGACUUAAAGGCCACUGCUAUGCCUAUGUCUAAUUUGGCAAACCCAGUGCCGGUGGGCUCUGAGUUUAUGCUCUACACCAUAGCCUCACCUCUCGGUGAUGAUAAAAUAGACAUGGCCCACAACAAUAUGACUUCUGCAGUGGCUCACAACAAUGCAGAGAUGCUGCCUGGUAACUGUGUUGCCAACAGGAGGACCACACCUGUCUGAGAACAAAAGAGUG